AUGGCCCCCAAGUGUCUAGAGAACACGAGUCUCGUAACUACUUUCCCGGCCGACCUGCUCCCGCCACUUCAUUUCUGGCGCAUUCAACUCAACCAAAACACGCUCGCGUUAACGAACUGCGAAGUCCCUGACUCACGAAUCUCCAAAGCUGCGAGGCCGUACUAUACGUCAUGGCCGAGUCCUGACCCCUCGUAUGGGAGAUUGUCGGCUGGCGUUACAUACUCAUCUGACACCUGGCAGGAAGCACCGGGCGGAAAGGCCAUCAAGGGCUACUUUGUCACGGCUCACAGAAGCCUGACGGCGGAAAUGAUUCUCAAUUUGAAGAUUGACUCUGCGCGAUGGAGGGAAAGCAAAAGGUUCCCAGACAAUAUUCUACCGACAGACUUCGAUAUUGCGCUUAGAUCUUACCGCGACGGUGUUUUGACCCAGGAUGCACCUCAGUAUUCAGGGCUCUCUACGACGCCAUAUCCGUUCCAUGAUGACAAAAGUCUUCAAGACACCUAUAACGACCUUUCCAAAGACAAGAGGGAGGCCUUGGAUGUUUACGCGUUCGAUUUGGCAGAAGACAUCUGGAACAAUGUCCAGCUUCUCGGACUUCGACGCGAAGAUGCUGAAGACUUGGCCAUUGUUCUCCCAGAGUUUCUACGUCAGAUGGCUGUAAGGCUCGCAAACGGAUCCACAGGUCAUAGUACUGAAAAAGAGGCUCAAGCCUUUGUUUACCGAAAUAGACAUAAAAUAUCAGACCAGUUUCGCAGUCUCGUCAAGAGAACAGCCAAUCUCGACAACAGGGAACGCGCCUCGAAGUCCUUUUUCAUGGAUGAACAUCUCUACUCUAGAGUCGCAGAAUGGACAAAAGUUGUGGCAGAGUGCUCUCCAAGACGGUUAUACACCCAGGAAGGAGCCGAAAAUGUUGACAUUCCAGACUACGGCGCUUCAAAAUCCGUGAAGUCUCAUGGCUAUCGGCAUAGAGAAUUUAUCUGCAGCUCCGUGGCGUAUCGAUGGCUACUAUCGACCAUUGGGCGGCACAUCGUACUGAAUACGGAUACUGCUGAAUCAAUGAAUAAGUUGAGAGGUCAUAUACUUCAGUUUUUGAAUCAACGAGUACCCCUACUGAGUACAACACCGUUUGCCCAGAUAUUUCACGUCGAAUUAGUGUUCCACUGGGCACUUGACGCGUUCCUGCGUCAACAGUACGGCGAAAAGGACGUACGCCUCGGAGACGUCAUCACACUUACUGGACGCGGCGUGGACGCCCAGGCGUUGACAUGCUCAUCUUAUUUACGACAGACCUGGCCGUGCACGGGUUUAAACAUACUUGGAUUUGUUCAAGCUGCAUUCGACGGGAGAAUUAUGAAGAAGUCCGCAGAAGGCAAGUUGCAACUAGUGCGUCUCCUGAGCUGGGAAAUUGUCGGUAAUGCCAAGGUCUCGGCUCAAUUCGUUGAAAAUGAUCGAUUCGUUCUUAAUGUCAAUGGAGUAGCGGAUGUAAUAGCAGAAAUAGCCGAACAGAUCGCGUGGCUCGCCGGAUCGCUUCAACAAUCCAGUCUUGCCUUUGGCCCCGUUUCCUGCCGCCCAAGAGUCCAAAACAUAACCACACUUGUCAAGCACUUCAGAGUCGAUUUCCACUACGUCUUCGACAAGAAUGACUUCAAUGGUGCAAAACCUAAUGACAAUGGACACUGCUGGUAUGGGAUGUUCAGAAACCCAGUGGUCGUUACUGGGUAUCCAAUAUUACGCAGACCGACAGGGAAUCCGGGGCUUGAGGUACCUUUAAAUGUGAUGGCUGGAUUGAUCGGGGGCCAGCGAAUUAAUGAGUUGAUGGGUAACCGUUACAUCAAAGGUUUGCGGUCCAUGCUCGUCACGUCGGGUAACACCACCGGGAUUUUCAACUGGCAUCACCUUGUGAACUCGAACGAGCGCCGGAUAUCAUAUUUAUACGGACGCCGUCAUCAAGCGAAAUCAGUAUUGGCAUCGUCCAGCAGUCUGGCAGCAGCCAGACACAUUGUCGGUUGGUGCCCCAAUGUUUCGCACCAAGUAGGGGGCCCAGACAUGAACUAUGCAGUCAAACGCUCGGGACUUCCACAGCCUGGCCGUGAAAUCGCUCUCGAGAAAUUCACACUAGGCUUGUCCCAUAUCGUGACGGGUGGUGCUACGUUUGGGAUCGGCUCAAAAGACACCCCGAUCCAUGUCACAAAGGGCGAUUACAUAGGGAAACUGAGGUGGAUCUCACGAAAAUAUGUCGUCUUUUGGGAUCAAGGGGACAAGCGAGGUUGGCUCGUGAACGGGGUCAGCGCACUGCUCCAUGCGCUACUUGGAUCCCUGGAAUUCUCUCGGACGGACCACUUCAAGACGGCAUUUGAAUUCGAUAUUUCCAAAUUCAAGUACAGCAAAACGCCGACAACGUAUAAUUCGGCUAUUGAAGUACUUCUGAAUGACGAAAAUAGAAAAAUGAUUCUUUAUCCGUCAUCGUCGGCUACGACUACCGAAACAGUCAUCGACAUAAAUGGAGUCGCUACAACAUCUACAAAGACAAGCACGACAAAUUACACCGUGGAAGACAAGGUGGUGGAGUUGUAUGAAUAUCUCGAGAGAAUGAUCGAGUACAAAACCACCAUAGAGACUUCCCCGGGAAUCAAAACCAAGCUUCAGCGGCCACUCCAACAUCUCGAGGGGUGGGAUUUCAAUGAGCUGGUUUCGAUGCGAGAUCCUUUGUACCUCCGUGUCGCAACGCUCGGGCCGAACAGUUUUAGUUGGGUUAAGCUCACGAGGUCGAUUCACGCCAUCACGCUCUUCGGAAAGGGAUUCGGCAACAUUCUGAAGAAUGCUGGCAUAGGAGACCGAGCUCCCUGUCAGCACCUGUCUGAAGUGCCCACCCAGCAGUGCUAUCUGAGUGUGGGCAUCUCAGAUAUUAUGAGCAUUGCCGACAACUUUGAUGGCGAUUUAUCGGCUCGCCCGAUGAAGCUGACCGCGAACCUAGUUUGGCACAAUGCGUCAUAUCCCCGUGACGCAUUCGGUGCUUGUCCCUGUGAAGAAGAAGGAAAUGACCAACCUGUCUUUCCUGUACAGCAAAUUCUCCCAUCGAAACUUCCAAGCCGCCUCAUCGGACCAACGAACAGCCUCGAUGACUUCAAACACGGCGCCGUUGUUUUCGGACAAAGUAAUCCCUUAGGUUUCUUCCGAUGGAUACUUUCCAACAACGGUAAAUGCGAGGAGUUCACUCGUCAGAAGCUGGAGCUGCCCCAUUCAAAUGGACAGGGAGUCAGUACAGAGAAUAGCAGCAGCAUGGCUUCAUCUCAGGAGCUCUCGCCUAGUGCCACACCUCAAUCACCCAGGACAUCUCAGUCCUCUGCCCCGGUAGAAUCCAUCAAAAAACCUUAUUUGAUUCCUUCAGAUUCAGACAGAUUUAACGUCUCGGGGGACUCAUCUAGGGACAUUGAUGGCCUGGUGAUUGAAACCGCCAAGGCCCUUCCGGAACUUAUCGAUUCACAAUCAAAGGUUGACGAGAGUCAAGUCGAAGACAAUAAAAGCGCGAACGCAUCAUCUGCAAAAGCACCCGUCCACCCGACGAGCCUCGGCCCUGACAACACGACCCCAAGGACCGCUGUAGUAAAGGCCAGUCACAGAAAAAGUUUAAGAUUUCUCGAUAGACUGCGACGGAAAUCUAAGCCGGGUCAGGUGAUGUAG